AUGCCACCCAAGGCUACGACGGGACCUUAUAUUCCCCGGCCACUGCCUCAAAAGCCGGUGCCAGAUGCAGUCAAACCGGCGCGCCCGAUGAGGCCGGCUGACAUCCGGAAAACGAAGGAGUAUAAGUCUGCUGCACGGAAGUGUGUACAAGGUGGACGGGUGCGAUGGUGGGCAUUCCGUUUGUGA